CUUAUCUUUCCUUGUUGUUUGUCCGGUGAUCAUCUAGUCAGCAGUGCCAGCCAACGUGAUAUAGUAAGAGCACAAGUCGCUUAUCCUUAGCGCCAUAUACGUCCGAGUCUGUGGUCCGACCGCCCUCCGAAACCUCUUCGCCUCUCACUCUCCGCAGCAUGUCUCACGAGUCCAUCGAAACCCUACUCAACGCCAAUGAGGAGUGGGCGCAAAGUGUAAUCAAGGACACAUCCAAUUUUUUUACUCAGACGGCCACCGGCCAGAGCCCCAAGGUUCUUUGGAUUGGCUGCUCUGACUCGCGAGUGCCGGAAUCCGUCAUCACAGCUUCUAGGCCUGGCGAUAUCUUUGUGCACAGAAACAUCGCCAACCAAUUCCACCUCAACGACGAUAGCGCACUCUCAGUCCUCAUUUACGCUGUCAAAGUAGUCGGUUUCGAUUCUUCCUCUAACGGGUAUACGUCGUUAACAGUCGUCCUCGUCGGUCAUACCCACUGCGGAGGUGCUGCUGCUUGCCUGAAAGCAGCCAAAGAUGCAGCCGCCGACACCGGCGCGUCCCAACCCGACAUUCCACUCACGCGCUGGCUAAGCCCCCUCAUCGCGCGCGUUCAAUCCCUCGACCUCUCCGCGUGCUCUGAAAGUGAAGCGUUGGACAAGGUCGUUGAAACCAAUAUCAUGAUGCAGGUCGAUAAUAUCUGCAAGUCGGAACCGAUCACCACUGCGUGGGCAGACCCCAAUGCCAAGAAAGUCACUGUGCAUGGAUGGAUGUACGACCUCUCCCGUGGACGCAUCGAUGAGCUCGUCUAUCGGGAAGCUCAAGCGUGA